AUGCCAGAAUUCACAGGUAUCAUCUCGCAUUUCCGUCAACCUGAUCAUGGCCUGGCAAGCUUCCGCCACUGGAACCAUCGUUGUUCAGAUCCAGAAUCCGGCCAAAAAGUCAGGGACAUGGGUUCUCUGUACCAAGCGGAAAUGAAGGCGCGAUUCCACCUGCGGACACGUCGGCUAGAUUCGGCAACGGUGCCUUUCUCCGAGAUACCCAGACUCGCUGAGAAUAUAGGACAUCUUAUCUACGUCAUCAACGACGAAGACGUCAAAGAAAUAGUUGCAAUCGUUGCCGAAGUUCUUGCACAGACCUCAUUUGACUCCAAUCUCUUUAAUGCGACUUCUAUACGUGACGAGAGAACGAAACAGUACGAUUCACCAGCCACAGGGUUGGCUCUCGGGAGACACUCCAUUAUACCCCGUAUCUCUGCGCCAGCAGAUCCUGCAACGACCUUCAGCGUGCCCAAGACCCUCUUUACCUGUACGAACUGGCGAAACAGGGAGAUGUCUGCUGCUAUUUCACGAUCCGGGGAGCCUGUCAAAAGUACCAUCGUCUCCCGCGCAAGCGUCUCAGAGAUUGUCUGGACCGAGUGCUAUUCCUCAAAAUGCAUUCACAUACCGGAUCCUCCUUCUCCUCUGGGAUCGAUUGAUAGUCCAACAGAACCGAACCGGAUUCAUCACAUGCAGGCCUCGAAAAUCGAUCCGAGUCAGAACUCCAUGAGGGAUGCAUUUUUAGAGAGGCAGCGUCAAUCAAAUUCCUUCGAAUCAUCGUCCACAACCUUGGCGUUUCGGAAGCGGAUGUCUCGUUCCACUGACGAGGAUUCAAACAUGACUUCCUUUCCAGAGUUACGUCCACGGCACUGCACGAAUGAUUGGCUGAAACCCCCGGCCGAAAUCGAACAGCUGAUGGCAGCUCGCACAAUCCACAUCUGGAUAGUAAAGACAUCCUUUUCCCUUUCAUCGUCAAUAAGUUUCGUCCGCAUAGCUAUUGUCACCCGCGAAAGCAGAGCUCGGACCACAGACGUUGGGACGUAUGGUCUUCUAGCAAUGAUCAUCCGACGACACUCGGGGCAAGCAUACCUCCUAGGGUUCCUGCGGGAGAGCGUCUUGUUAGGGAACCCCCCUUGA